AUGCACAAUCAACAAGCUAGCGCCGGAGACGCCGCCAACGCUCAGAGCUUGCAGUUGCCGCUCAAGACGCUUGGCGAAUUAUCGGUUCAGGAUCGCGAUCUACAGAAUAGGUAUAACAAUAUUACCGCGCCAUUCGAUCCUCGGAUCGAAGCCGCUCGAGGCCUAGACGGCACAAUUGAUGAGAUUGAUGUUGAGGAUCUCUCGGGCAUCCCGGAUAAGGAUCGAGAUGAGCCGGUAACAUGCCUCGUAUGUGCCGGCAAAGGCCAUGCUUCAGAGAUCUGUCCUUCACUCAAGUGCACUGCUUGCAAUGCCCUGGAUGACCACUUCUCUUCUGCAUGCCCUCGAAUCACUCGAUGUCCCAAGUGCCGCGAACGCGGGCAUAGCAAGGAUCAAUGUCCAUCAAAACUCAUCCGGUCCGCUGCUGCGGACGGCGUCCAAUGCGAUCUGUGCAAUCAGUUCGGACACACAGAGCAAGCGUGCUCGCUGAUAUGGCGCUUCUACAACCCAGCGGCAAUUGUCCCUCUGCGAAAAGUUCCUUCCAUGACAAUUGGCUGCUAUUACUGUGGCUCAGAUGGACAUUAUGGCGUCGACUGU